CUCCAGAAGUUGCUGACCAUGGACCCCACCAAAAGAAUCUCAUCAGAGCAGGCAAUGAAAGAUCCUUAUUUCUCUGAGGAACCAACACCGUGUGCAGAUGUAUUUGAAGGGAUGCCCAUUCCAUAUCCUAAAAGAGAGUUUAUAUCAGACGAUGACAACGAAGAUAAGUCAGACACUAACAAGCAACAGACAGCAGGUGGGGGAGGUUCAGAUCACAACCAGCCGCCAGCCAAACGUCCUCGUAUGGCACCAACCAGCAGCAACAACUCUCUGGUCUCAGGGGAAUACCAGAUUUAUUCCAGCCAUAACUCCCUCUAUCAUCAGCAAUUGUCUGGUGUUUUGUCCUCUCAAACUUGGCAUGGAGUCCACACCAUGCAGGGGGGAGGGAACAACCAGCAGCAGAGCAUGAACUACUCCACUGGCAGUCAGUCGCAGCAGAAUACGUCCACUAAUAAUUUUAAUACCCGCAUUAUUUAAAUAUUUUAUCAUAUAAAUUAUGUCUUUAUGUA